AUGAGACCCGAGGCAGCGGCCGGAGCCCGGGAGGCGCGGGGACGCGUCUGUCACUGCCCCGGGGACGGUCCACGGGGACCACCACAGCCGCGCGGGCCCGAGAGCCAAACACCAUGGAGACCUUGGAUCCUGACCCCCCAGGAUGCUGACCCCACCAGAACUGGAAGCCAGCUUGAGCCUGGGUGUGACCAACAAACCUUUGGAUCGAAGGGGGCCUUUGGGUUUCAGCAUCCUGUAAGACUUUAUUUACCCAUUUCUAAGCGUCAAGAGUAUCUGCAGAGUUCUGGGGAGAAGGUGCUGGCCAGCUUCCCUGUGCAAGCCACCAUUCACUUCUACAACGAUGAGUCCAAUUCAGACGAGGAGCACGACCAAGAGGUCCAGCCCUCUGACCUGCAGAGCCAGGAGGCGCAGGACGGCCCAGGAGGAAAGGGCAGAGACCGGCUGACAAACCCAGGAUGGCACCCCGGAGGCUGCGGUGGCCUCGGUGGUAAGGGUCUGCUCCCCUACCCUGACUCUCUGGAGGAUGCUGGGUGCCCCUCAUCCAAGUAG